AUGGAUGCAGCUGAAAGGGGAAGCGAUGGGCGAUUUGAGAUAAGAGUUAGAUUUCCGGAAGGUAAUGUUCAUUUCGAAUCAAUAAUAUUUCAUAAUAAAUUAAUGGGUCAAUCAAAGAUAUCACGAAAACUUCGGAAAUGUUUGCUACAAUUGCAAAAGCAUGAUCCGGAUGUGGAAAUCUCAUCAGUUCCCACUAAAAUAUUAUUUGUUGCUAACAGUAGUUCAUUAUGCGGAUUGUCAUACGAUGAACUGGAAAGGAUAUUUAAUCAAUUUGAUGAAAGCUGUGAUUUUAUAGUAUUUCAAUCGCAACGUUCUUAUUCUUUCGUCAUUUUCCAAACUGUUGCCGCUUCUCAGUUAGCUUAUCAGAAACUUCAUGGACAAGUGCCGUCAAAAACGAAUUCAAAUGCAUUACCUUUUUAUAUUGCUUUUGUUAAAAACGUACCAACAGUUAAAAGGACAGAACCGCUACAUAAACCAAACAAUCUUUGGCUUAUAUCAGAUUUUAUCAACGCAGAUGAAGAAGUAGCACUGCUUACUGUUAUCCAAGAGUAUAUGCCCAGUGGAAAAACAUUAAAAAACCGUAAAGUGAUCCAUUUCGGUUUCGAAUUCAAUUAUGAUAAUAAUAUGGCAUUUGAGCAACCUUCUCCAAAUCCAAUACCAUUAACGUGUCAACCCAUAAUUGAUCGAAUGCUUGGUGCCGAAUUAUUUCGGGAAAAACCGGAUCAGUUGACGGUGAAUAUUUAUGAGCCUGGUAAUGGUAUACCAUCACAUAUUGACACUCAUUCGGCAUUCAGCGAUACUAUAGCUUCGCUUAGUUUACUUUCAGAUAUCGUCAUGGAAUUUCGUGAUUUUGCAAACACUUCAACAGUUUAUGAUGUUCUUUUGCCACGUUUUAGUUUGGCGGUAAUGCGAGGAGAAUCGCGAUAUCGAUGGAAACAUGGUAUAGCGAAGCGAAAAUAUGAUGUAAACCCAAUGACAAAUAAACUAAUUCGACGACAAUUGAGGGUUUCUUUUACAUUUCGAAAAGUGAUGCGAGAAAAGUGUCAGUGUGCAUUCGUUGAAUAUUGUGAUUGGGACCGAAAUGGUGCAAUGAAAAUUCCGGAUAAUGAUGAAUAUGGCGCAGCUAUUGAGAAACAAUAUGUUUCCGCAGUUUAUGAAUCUAUAGCAGAUCAUUUUGAUACAACGCGACAUGCACAAUGGAACGGUGUUGCCAAAUUUCUGGCAAAUUUCGAAUCUGGAACAAUAGUUUAUGAUAUUGGCUGCGGUAAUGGAAAAUAUCUUAAACUUGAUGAUGCAUUUAUCAAAAUCGGUUGCGACUUAUGCAGCAAUUUAUGUCGUAUAGCUAACCAAAAGCAGUGUAAUGUGCUGCGCGCAGAUAUUUUAUCAUUACCUUUCAGAAGCUCUAGUGCGGGUGCAGUCUUAUGUAUUGCUGUCAUCCAUCAUUUAACUACGAAAAUGAGGAGAAUUCGAGCAAUUCAAGAAAUUAUUCGUGUUUUGAAACCAGGUGGUCAAGCAUGCAUUACCGUUUGGGCAUAUGAGCAAAAAUUAUGCGAUGAACCUUCUGAAUAUCUGAGAAUGCGUCAAAAGAAGCGUGAUGUGCAGGUUGCAGAUCAUAUUUAUUUUUUGUUUCUCUCAUGUCUUGUCUAA